UGCCAGGCAGGAAGUCAGGGGGGAGUGAGCAAGCCAGCUCUGGGAAGUUUGCAAAGCUGUCAGAGUGUGUGGAGAGAGCGACCGUGCAAAGCCCUCUCCGCCUGCCUGGCGACCGGCGAAGACUUCAGGGAAAAGGAAAAGAGGGUUCUUGCUCCUGGCUGCAUCUCUGGCUCUGUCGGGGGCACGAAGGUCCACACCAUGCGCGGCUGACGAGGGACCUCAGGGACCAGACGUCGAGAGCCGGGGAUGGCCAGCCCCGUGGCCCCGGUGUGGCUCUGUAUCUGGUGGGGCCUGCUGGCUGGGCAGGCCUGGGGCAUGAAUUACCCUCCCAGGUACAGCCUAUACACGGGGGCUGGCCUGCCGUACACGCAGCUCCAAGGCGCGUCCCAAGCACCCAACGGGGCACGGGUGGCCAGCCGCCACAGGAACUGGUGUGCCUACGUGGUGACACGUAGCGUGAGCUGCGUGGUGGAGGACGGUGUCGACACCUACGUGAAGCCGGACUACCAGCCAUGUGUCUGGGGGCAACUCCAGUGUCCCCGUGCUGUCACGUACCGGAGUUUCAUGCGCCCCCGCUACAAGGUGGCCUACAAAACAGUGUCGGACAUGGAGUGGCGUUGCUGCCCUGGUUACACGGGGGACGACUGUGCCGAAGGGGGGACACCGCUCACCACCACCCGACCACGACCGCAGCCCAGCCGACCCAACCUGUCCGGCUUCAGCAACACGCUCAGUGGCUUGGGCGGAGAAGGGCAAAGGGACUCCGAGAAGGUGCAGCAGCUGGAGGAGAAAGUGCAAAGCCUCACCAAGCAAUUGCAUGACCUGCAGUCCACCAUACAGGCCAGCAACACCAAGCUAGCGGAAGACAUACGCAAGGCGGUAGAGUCCUCUUUGAAUGGCAAGCAGCCCGCUGACGCGGCCGCGCAUCCAGAGAUGAAAGAGACCCUCAACGAGAUCCAGCGUCAUCUGCAGCGCCUCGACAACCGCAUCUCCAACCACGAGAACGGUCAGAGCCCCGGAGGCGGCGCAACAGAUGUCCGCGGUGAGGUCCUCAGGGAGGUGGAACGGCGCUUGCAGGAGUCGUGCGCGUCCUGCCUUACGGGUGUGGAGGGACUGCGGCGGCAGCAGGAGGAGGACCGCGAGCGCAUGAGAGCCCUGGAGAAGCUGGUCACGUCCAUGGACCAGCGGAACCGCGAAGCCAUGAACGCCAUCCAGCAGCACCAUGGGGGAGGAGGCCAGAGGCCAUCAUCCCUUCCUCCCCCCUGGAGCGUGGACAGGCGCAUGUCUGAGAUGGAGAGCCGCGUCAACACCACGCAGCGCAGCCUGGAAGAACACUUUGUGGAUCUGCAGGUCAUGUUGGAAGGAGCGGACGAGCGGCUCCGCAGGGCCGAAGGGCAGCUGGAUUUCCUCUUCUCCCGCCUCAACGACUUCCAGAACCACGUCAACCGGGCCUUGGCCAACCUUUCGCGGGACGUGGGGGGACUCAAGGACAGCACCCUGCAGCAGCAAGGGGCUCUGGAACGAGUGCGCGGGGCGGUCCACACCUGCACUCAGAUCUGCACCCCGCCCGGCAGCCAGGACUCCCAGAUCAGCAGCAUCUUGAGUGACCUGGGACGCCGGGUGCUGGACAACGAGGCACAGCUGCGCUUACUGGGCUCCUCCGUCCACCAGCUGGACGUGUCCGGCAAGCUGCAGAACUUGCGGGGGUUGGUGGGGGCCAACACGGAAGCCCUGGGCAAGCUGGCUGGGGAGCUCGGGGAGCUGGAGAACAGGCUGGUGGUCUCCAUGAGCGCCGGGCCGCCAGAGCUGGUGCUGUAUUCCAACCGCACUAACAAGCGCCUGGAGAAGCUGGAGAAAGAGAUCGAGGGACUGGAAGGCGACGGCUGCAGCCAGACUUGCUCUGAGCUGAAAGGGGAGCUGGGGCUGCUCAGGGAGCAGGUGGAGACCUGUCGUGCAGCCUGCCAGCCGAUGGGGAGGAGGCCGGAGCUGGGCAAAGAGGAGAUGGAUACCACGAAACCCCUGGACGGCUUCAGCGUGAUCGGCGGCAGCUCCAGCGUCCACCUCAAAUCCUUGCAGGGCGAGCUGUCUGAGGUGAUCCUGGGCUUCAGUGCCCUGAACGAGACGCUGGCGGGGCUGCAGGCCACGGUGGAGAAGCACCAGACGGACAUCCACGAGCUGGGCACCACCAAAGAUCACAUCAUCGAAGAGAUCAACCGCGUGCAGCAGGAGGUGACGGAGCACGUCAGCGAAAGCGAGGAGCGUUUCCAGGUGCUGGGCCGCGAGAUCCACCAGUUUGGCGGCACCCUGCAGGUGGAGGCGUCAGACUGCCGGCGGGCCUCCGGGGGCCUGGCGGAGCGGCUCACGAAGCUCGAGGGCACUUGCGAGCGGCUGGACGACGUGUCUGGCAGCCUGCGGAAGAUCAAGGAAGGGCUGGACAAGCACGUCUCAGCCUUGUGGAACUGCCUCCACGAGGUGAACGGGACCCUCCGCAACCACGGGGCCCUGCUGGACAAGAUCCACGGCAGCCACCUGGGCACCAUCCAUCGCCGCCUCAGCACCCUGAACGGAUCCCUCCAGACCCUGCAGGGUCAACUGCAUGACCUCACGCUUCAGGACUUGACAGGACCUCCAGGGCUCCCAGGAAGAGAAGGUCCCAUAGGGAGGCCGGGUGUCCCAGGUCCAAUGGGGCCUCCUGGCAAGGACGGAAGGAGUGGCCCCGUGGGUCCCCCAGGUCUCCCUGGAGAGCAAGGGCUGCCAGGUCCUGCCGGAAGGAUACCCCAAGUCUCCUUCGCUGCGGCAUUAACCUCCCGGCACGUGGAGACCGGAACCAUCCCCUUCGACAGGGUGCUGGUGAAUGACGGCAACUUUUAUGACCCUGCCUCAGGGAUCUUCACGGCUCCUGUUUCCGGCCGCUACCUGGUCAGCGCCAUCCUGACAGGGCACAGAGGCGAGAAGAUCGAGGCGGUGCUGUCCCGCUCCAACCAGGUGAUUGCCCGCAGCGACUCAGCCGGAUACCAGCCCGAAGGCCUGGAGAACAAGCCGGUGGCCGAAAGCCAGCCAAGCACGGGGGCCCUGGCGGUCUUCACCCUUGUCGUCCCCAUGGAAGCUGGCGAGACCCUCUGCGUGGACCUGGUUUCCGGCCGGCUGGCCCGCUCUCUAGACGAACCGCUUACCGUCUUCAGCGGAGCCUUGCUCUACGAGGAGGCGGAGGGGAUCUAGGCGGAAGGGGGGGAGGGCCCUCAGCUCGGCCUAGAAAGGGACCAAAGAGGAGCCUCUUGGUUUGCUGACCCGGACGGCCUCCUUUCCUCUGGCUUCUGAGUUGCGGGCCCGCGGGAGCUCCCAGCAGCCCAACGUUCAGGCCUCCAGCUUGGGAGCAGGAGCCCCGAGAGAAAGGGAAGGCGUCACUGCACUGCCGGACUCUCCUGCCCUUCUAGGACCUCUCGCUGGAACUGUCGCCUGCCUCCCCCUUCCCAGCCACAUGGCAUAAACACACGCAGAGACUCUGCCAUCCCAACGCUCUGCCAGUGCAGCCGUGUGAAGUGAGAAGAGCGAGAGCACCAAAGCCAGCACCCUUCUCCCCCAGCUACGUCAGCCCUUCUGUUCGGGAAGGUAAGGGAGGGGAGGCGGGAGUGCAGCCGUCCAACCCAACAGAAGGCAUCCCGGGGCGGGUGGGGUGUGGGGAGGGAAAGGCCCUUUCUGUUAUUUAUCAGUGUCUGUCGUACCCCGGAGAAGCCACGCACACUCCCUCCCUCGGGCCGCCGCCACCUCACUGCACCGCCAGCCAGUCCGCUUCCUGCACUGCUCACGCCUCACAGCUUGGGCUGCCUCAUCUAGCCACUGCAGAGCAGCUGCAGAGUCAGGCCCUGCCUGCCACCCCUGGGGCCAGACCCUGGCUUUCCUCCCUACCACCAAUUACACAGGACUGUUUAGAGGAAAAGGAGGACAUGCCCUUCAUGACACUGUUGGGAGAGAGAGAGAGAGAGAGAGAAGCAGUGAAGUAGCGGUUUCUUGAGGAAGAGAACGGUGCCCCCUUUUCCCAAACCUUGUGCCUACCCUGUGUAAUGGCUGAACUCAGCUACAGUUAUAAUUAUUGAAUAAAGAAACAC